UGAGAAUUGCAUCAGUGUUGGACAGUCUGUGAAAAUGAGUGAAGUUAAAGUCAAUGGGAAAAGUGUAAAGGCCUUAAUUGACACUGGUAGUGUACAGACACUUGUUGAUAGAGAGCUGGUUCCAUCCAAUAUAAUCUGCACAUCAGACACCAUCCUCAUCCGCUGUGUGCAUGGUGAUGAAAGGCAAUACCCCACAGCAGACAUGUAUAUUGAAGUGCAAGGACAAUUAUACCUGUUGAAUGUUGGUGUUGCAGAAAAUCUCCCUUUUCCAGUAGUGUUGGGUAGUGACUUACCCGUUUUGUUUGACUUGCUGCACAAACCACAGAACUGUAAUGUAGUAACUCGUUCUCAAGCAAAAAAGCCAGAAGAGUCUCCUCCAAUACUGAGUGUGCUGCCUUUUUAUGAUGCAGACUUAGAUGUGCAGCCUGGAAAAUCUAGAAAAUCACGUCGACAAAAGCGACGGGAGAAGUUUCUGCAUACACCUGUUGCAUCUACAGAAGGGGUUCAGGAUCUGCCCCAAGGUUUUAAGAUGCCUUUAAACAUAGCUCAAAUCCAGCGUGAUGACUCCAGUCUGGCUGCUCUUUUUCUGAAAGCCAAGGAACCCCAGAAAGGUAACCACAGGGGUAGUGCUGACGAGUUUGUUCUACAGAAAAAUAUCCUUUAUCGCCAACAGGGGGCAUUUAGGCAGCUUGUGGUCCCAAGGGAUGCAAGAGGGAUGGUGCUUACUUUGGGCCACUCAAUUCCCUGGGCUGGCCACCUAGGGACACAUAAGACUCUGGCUCGCAUCAAGCGCCAUUUCUACUGGCCUGGAUUACGGACUGAUGUUGCCCAGUUUUGUAGGACCUGCUCUCAGUGCCAAUUAACCUCCAAUAAGUUCCCUUCAAGAGCACCACUGCAGCCUCUUCCCUUAAUUGACACGCCUUUUGAGCGCUUGGGUAUGGACAUUGUGGGUCCACUUGAAAGAAGCAAAUCUGGACAUCGAUAUAUGUUGGUGAUAACAGAUUAUGCAACCAAGUACCCAGAAGUGUUCCCUUUAAAGACCAUUAAAGCAAGAGCCGUGGCUGUCUCCUUGGUAUCAAGGCACUAA